GGACGGUGAGUGUGUGUGUGUGUGUGUGUGUGGGUGGACGGUGUGUGCGUGUGUGUGUGUGUGUGUGUGUGUGUGUGUGUGGACAGUGACAGACCAGGCAGAGAGCUCAGAGAGGACCGUUCUCAUGGGCAACACGGAGACCGCGGGCUUUUCUCACCAGCUCAUUAACACUAGUGAUGCUGUCAGUGCUGAAGUACAGCUCAGAUACAUCCGGGCACAAUCGAGCCUGCAGCGCCGCCCAGCGUCCGGUCGGCAGUACUACAUCCUCCCUCAUGGCGCGGUGGACAGGAGACCCUCGGCGCUGGCUGUUAACCUGGACUCACCCCGCUUCCACCCUCACGCCAAGGGCAAGAACAUCCGCCUGGACGCCCAGCUGAGACGAGCCACUCGUAAGAACAGCUUCUGUCACGGCCUGACCUUCAGCCAGCGGCCCGUACGCCUCUACGAGCAGGUCCGGCUCCGCCUGACCGGGGUCCACUCGGGCUGGAGCGGGGCUCUGCGCUUCGGGUUCACCAGCCUCGACCCGGCCGAGCUCACCUCCUCCGAGAUCCCCAAGUACGCCUGUCCUGACCUGGUGGCACGGCCCGGGUACUGGGCCAAGGCGCUGCCCGAGAGGCUGGCGGCCAGGGAUAACGUGCUGGCGUUCUGGGCCGACCGGCACGGGCGUGUCUUCUACACGGUGAACGAGGGCGAGUCCGUGCUGUUCCACUGCGGCCUGAGCGUGGGCCGCCCACUGUGGGCCAUCAUAGACAUCUACGGCAUCACACAGGAGCUCACGCUGCUCGACAGCACGUUUGCCGACAGCACCAGCUGCCUGAGCGUUACCCGUCUGAGUGCCUACCUGCCCCCCAGCAACCACGACUCCGCCAACUACAGCAACAACCAGCUGGAGAACAACCAGGCCGCCAAGAUGGCCGCCCUGCAGCUCGCCGGGUCCAACCAGCCGACCCCCUGUUACACCUCCUCGUCCUCCGUCGGCGCCCGGCGCUCGUCCCGCGGCAUUCCCUCCGUCCUGGACUCCGACCUGCGCUUCCACCCGCUGCGCGGUGCGGACGUGCUCCUGUCCAGCGACCGCUCGGUGACGUGCACUCACUCACCGGACGGCGUCCAGUCCCUGGUGUUCGGCGACAGACCCGUGCGCCACGGCGAGACGCUCUUCGUGGAGGUGGGUCACGUGGGCCCGUCCUGCCUGGGCGUGCUGGUGUUCGGCAUGACCUCCUGCGACCCGGGCACGCUGCACGCGUCCGAGCUGCCCGACGAGCCCGACGCGCUCCUGGACCGGAAGGAGUACUGGGUGGUGCACGGGGGCUUCCCCCCGCCGGGACCGGGCGACGUGCUCAGCUUCACCUUGACGCCCAGCGGAGAGGUGCAUCAUGGGACGAACGGGGUGACGCGCGGGCGUCUGCUGUGUGUCGAUUCCACUCAGGCGCUGUGGGCUUUCUUUGCCCUGCGAGGGACAAUCAACAGACUCAGGAUAUUGGGAACACUGCAGGCGAGCCCCUCGACCUCCCCCUCCGUCUCCCGGGGUACCACCUCGGACGACAGCGACUCUGACCUGACCUUCAGCGCCAACAGGUCAUCGUCUGCCUCCGAGUCCUCGCUGGUGACGGCCCCCAGCUCUCCUCUCAGCCCCCCCGUCUCGCCCAGCCUGUCCUUCCCCGAAGCGCCCCUGAGCGGUAAGAGCGGCGAGUGCACGGUGUGCUUCGACCAGGAGGUGGACACGGUCAUCUACACCUGCGGACACAUGUGCCUCUGUCACGACUGCGGACUCAAACUGAAGAGGCAGAUCAACGCCUGCUGUCCCAUCUGCAGGAGACCCAUCAAGGACGUCAUCAAAACCUACCGCCCGUGAGGGGGCGCGGACCUGACUCGGGGACUAACUGAGGACUGAGGGUGGACUAUGUGUGGGUCCGUGCUGGACCGGUUCUGCAUUUCGGGACUGUUGACUGCGCUGUCUGUAGCUUCGACUGUCUGUAGCUCCCCCCCCCCCCCCGUAGUACCCCUUUCCUUUUCUUUCUGUAAAUGUGAAGCCAAAGACGGAUGAACGCUCAGAUAUUCCAGUGCCUUGUGUGUUUGUCUCGAAGCCUCGUCUCACAUCCUGACAAUCAGAUUUAAUAUGUAGUUUUGUACAGAUAGAGAUUUAUAUGGAAUAUGUGUACCUGAGGGACAAGGGGAGGAAGUGAACCGUGAUUUUUUGGGGGUGUUUUAAACACGUACGUGGGUUUUAUUGCUGUGUGAAGAGGACGUAACCUGUCACGUGCUGUAAAAUCGGAUCAGUGUGGAGACACGCCUAAAUACACACACACACACACACACACGACACACACACACGUUUCUUGUGAAGUGUAUUAUGAAUUAUGUUUAAUGAACAAUUAAAUGCUUUAUUUUACCGUG